UUAAAUCAACACGUGUUUAAAUAUUAGUUUUAAACUUUGAACUGAGCAAUGUAUUAAACAAUUUUAUUAUAAGACGCGGAGAAACCUUGAAUUGUAACAAGCAACACUGAUUUCAUGUAAGAAUGUGAUUGCGAGAAGAAUUGGAAGAACGAUGCCAAAAAUAACACCUUACAUGAAACAAUGUUUCGUAACAACGGCGAUAGGGUUCAACAUCAUUGGUCACGGAGCCGCCAGCGGAUUCCCUGCUAUCUUACUACCGCAGCUUCAUAAACCGGACUCAGGGUUUAAGCUUACACGAUCGCAGGACUCUUGGUUAGCGUCGACCGUCGGUUUGACCCUUUUACUGGGUAGUUUCUCAGCGGCUUCAGUAAUGGGCACCAAGGGUCGGAAGGCGGCCCACUACACGAUCAGCGUCCUGGGCAUUGUUGGUUGGGUGAUCACGAUUCUGGCAACUAGUUUUUGGCUAUUAAUCGUCGGCCGGAUAAUACUGGGAAUCUCAUUCGUUAUGAUGAUCCCGCUUCGCUCUGCACUGAUCGGUGAAUACACUAGCCCCAAGAGCAGAGGCGCGUUUCUGGCCACCGUUUCCCUAGCGCAAGGCUUCGGAAUCUUCUUUGUUCACCUCAUAGGAUCACUAAUCAGCUGGCAAAGAACAGCGCUUGUAUGUCUCUUCCUGCCAUUCAUAAGUCUGGUCAUGACUUUAUUCAGUCCAGAAUCUCCGAGCUGGCUGGCUUCUCAAGGGAGGUACGAGGAAUCCCGAGAAGCAUUCCGAUGGUUGAGGGGUGACCAAGAAGAAGACGAGCUUGAGAAGAUGAUUAGUGCUAGGAUCGCAUUCCAAGAGUCGAGACAAGGCAGAAAAAUCACUAUGUUCGGUACCAUAAAAAAGAAAGAAUUCUACAAGCCGAUAAUAUUGAUGUUCCACGCUUAUUCGCUGAGUCAGUCGUGCGGCUUGGUCACUAUGGCGGCCUUUUCGACGAUCAUAAUUAAGAACGUCAUGGGUGACGUGAAUGCAGACAUGUGGAUGGUAAUAUUCGACACAGAGAGAAUAUUGACCAAUACGCUGGCCGUGUUCAUUAUACACAAGUUUAAGAGGAGGACUAUGAUGUUCUCCGCCGGAGGACUGAGUCUUGCUAGUCACAUUGGUGUUAUAUUUUAUAUAUAUUUAAGAAAUAAUAACAGCCUUCCCGUAACAGGGAUCUGGCUUCCUGCGCUGCUAUUGGCCUUGCAGUUCUUUGCAAUGUCGGUAGGAGUGACUCCCAUGCCAAGCGUGAUGGCCGGAGAGGUUUUCCCGUUGCAGUACAGGAGUCUAGCUGGGAGUAUUAGUUUAGUAUCGUUAUCGUCUACUAUGUUUCUGAUACUUAAAACUUUUACUGGCUUAAUCGAUUCCGUCGGUAUUGAAGGGACUUACGCGGUAUACUCGUUUUCUAUAGUGUAUUGUCUUCUCGUCAUGUGGUUUUUGAUGCCGGAGACGAAGGGCAGGACGCUACAGGAAAUCGAAGAUGGAUUCCGAGGGAAGCCAAUUGUAACACGUGAGCUUAUCGAAAAGAAAUCACUGAAGGAUGAUGAAACGGAAUUAGAAACGAAGAAUCUAACAUAAAAAAGAUCAAGAUCAAAUCUAGUUUAAUUAUUAGCGGCCUCGGAACCCGGUGAUUUGCGGCUCGUGCAAGAAGUCAUAAGAAAGAGAUUAUAACUCUAUGACUGCAGUUUAUGUGAUAGUUGAUGGCAACUUGUUUUCAUUCGUGCUCACUAGAAGCUCUUUAAACUUUUUGGUGACAUUAUGUUUUGUUUAAUUGUCUUGCCAUUAUAAUAAAAAGGCGAGAAUGAUGUCAUCUUGCAUAGAAUCGUACUCGCGGCUUGUAAUUUCAAAACCACAAGAAAAAAGUUCUUCAAAUAUAUUUACUAAACAGAUGGCCGUAGGUAGAAUCCGUGAUUAUUAUUUUAUAGUUUUACGCACGCUGUAGAGCUGGAAAAAGUCAAUGACCCGCUUAAUUAAGUUUUUAUACACAGUUUUUAAACAAUUAGAACUAUGUGUUGCCAUCCUGUAAAUAUUUUUUACAAAUAGGAUAAUUUUUACUACAUUAAAUACGUUUUUUAGUAUGUGGCUUUAAAUUUUGGGCUGUGUUUAUAAAAUUACUUUUGUCUGUGGUAAAAUAGAUAUAUUAAUUUAUUAUUUUGUAUAAUUACGAGUGAUGUUCCGGAUGAAGUAAUGAACUUGAGUUGUCAGAAUUAAAAUCUAGAGGUCACAAAAUAUUUUUCUGUACUCGCCAGUACCUAGUAUGCACGGUGAUAUUGUGGGAUGAUAUAUCCCUAUAUUUCUGUCUACCCAUAGCCCUUAUAUUCUUCUCGAAAAUUUAAACUGUUUCGUAAAAAUCAGUUUAAUUGUUUGUUGAUUAUUAAUACUUAAUAAAUUUGAAUAUCGCCAUAUCACUUCUAAUAUUUUGUAAAAAAAUCUUAAACUGUCGAUAGCUUUUUAUAAAAUCCGAAUUUAAUGUAAAACAAUAUGAAUUUAUGACAUAACUGUGAAAGCCAGAAAAUGAUUUUAAAAAUCAUUGGUUUAUAUUCAAAUACCCUUCUGUAAUUGAAUUACCUUUAAAACCUACAUUUUUUCAAUGUAAUAAAUAAUUACACCGGAUUCUACAAUGUUAUUACAUGUGCGUAUUUCGAGAAUCACAAUCGCAUUCAAUGAAGUUUCAUUCAAAGUUUGGCACACUAUGCUUUGCGCGUAACUGAAAAAAAUACGCCUUAUUCCCUAUUACCGAACUAGUACGUAUUCUAGUAUCAUCGUCUAU